UUUCUGUUGCUUUCCCUCCACGUAACAGCCGCGUUGAGACACAGAGUGAGAGAAAAAAGUGUGGCUUAAUUUCCCCCACCCCCAAAAUGGGCAUCCCUGGAUUGCUGCAGUUUCUCAAAGAUGCUGGAGAGCCCAUCAAUGUGAAGAAAUACAAAGGCCAGACGGUGGCCGUAGACACAUAUUGUUGGCUUCAUAAAGGGGCGUUUUCAUGUGCUGAGAAACUUGCUAAAGGGGAACCGACUGAUCAGUAUGUAUCGUACUGUAUGAAAUAUGUGGACAUGCUGUUCUCCUUCAAUGUGAAACCAAUUCUAGUAUUCGAUGGACGCAAUCUACCUUCAAAACGAGAAGUGGAAAAUGCUCGCAAAGAGCGCCGAGAAGCUAACCUUCAAAAAGGCAGACAGCUGUUACGAGAAGGCAAGCUUUCAGCGGCCAGAGACUGCUUUACUCGCUGCGUUAACAUCACUCCAGCCAUGGCUCAUAACCUGAUUAAGGCUGCGAGGGCCAGGGGAGUCGACUGUGUGGUGGCUCCAUAUGAAGCUGAUGCUCAGCUGGCCUUCCUGAUCAAAUCUGGUUUGGCUCAUGCAGUCAUCACGGAAGAUUCUGACCUUCUGGCAUUUGGCUGUAAGAAGGUGAUCCUAAAAAUGGACAAACAGGGGAAUGGCCUAGAGAUAGACCAAAGUAAUCUGGGCCGAUGUCGCGCUCUGGGGAACGUCUUCACGGAGGACAAGUUUCGCUACAUGUGCAUCCUAUCCGGGUGUGACUACCUGCCGUCCCUGCACGGCAUUGGCCUGGGCAAGGCUUGCAAACUGGUGCGGCUGGCAAGAGAGCCUGAUAUCCUCAAGGUGAUCAAGAAGAUGAACCAGUACCUGAAGAUGAGCCUCAUGGUCCCUGAAGAGUACAUUGAGGGCUUUGUCAGAGCCAAUCAUACCUUCCUUUACCAACUGGUGUUUGAUCCUGUCAACAGGAAGGUUGUCCCCCUCAACCCUUACCCAGAUGACGUCAACCCAGCCACCCUCAGCUAUGCCGGAGUUCCUUUAGCAGACAACACAGCCUUGCAGAUGGCCUUAGGAAACCUUGACGUCAACACACAGGAGAAGGUCGAUGACUUCGACCCAGACAAACCUAUGGCACAGCCCGCAAAACAACGCAGUCACAGCUGGAAUGACAACCAGGUCGCCGCCCAGCUCAGUAUCUGGAGUAGAAGGAUGAGGGCCAUCCCUGUCCCACCAGCCCAGCCUGCAUCCUCCCCUGACAGGCCUCCCCCCACCAGGGGCAAGGAGAGAAUCAUCAGCCUGGCUGGUGUCGGGCUGAAGAGACCACGCCAGGACACCAGGCUGUCAGAUGAAGACGUUCUGCAGCAGUACUCCGACAGCGGGAAGCGAUGGAAGUCCGAGCAGCAGCAGCCGCACCGGUCGAUGUUAAAGCCCACCAGUCAGCCACGGCCGCGGAACCGCUUCGCCACAGUCCUGCAGAUGAGGAACCAGGAUGCUGAUGAGAACGGCCCGGCCACAAGCAGCAGAUUCUUCAGCAAUUCCUGUUCAGCUGCCAGUGACGUGAAAGAAUCUGCUCAGGCGGCUUUCAGUGAGAUUGCAGAGCCCGGAGCGGCGAGCCCUGUGGAGGACACCCCCGCUGUCAGCGCCCAGACCGAUGACGGCGACAGUCCACACGUCUCAUCUGUGGAGACACCCAGUCCACCUUCGUCUCCAAAUACCGCUACCCCCCUCUCAGGCAGCCGAGGUCUCAGGCUGUUUAACUGGUCGGGUGGUUCGCCACCAGUGGAUCAAUCACUGACACUGAAUGCCCUGCAGCAGUUCCAGUACAAGAAGGAUACUUUGUCCUUGUCCACAAAGUCUCCCACUGACAGGCAGCUGAGGGAUGAGGUCUUUGCUCCCUCCCAGGACAGUGCCUACUUUUCUCAAUCCCAGCCUUCACUUGUGUGCUUACACAAAGAGGACGUCCUCUCCUGUGGGGUGUAUGCUGCACCUAAAGUGGAAUCAAAAGAAGAGUCAGAGCAGAGUCGCACAACCUCGAACAAAGCAAGAAUAUUGAAAUCAAAGGUUGCUGGUCUGCCAAAGCCCACGUUGAGCCGCGUGCUUACGGACACAAGCGUGCACGUGUUGGGCCCGGCCAGGGCGAGUGGACUGAGGAAAAGAUCUGUGGGUCUUGAGAAGAAAUCCUCCAACAACGAGAACAACCCUGGCGUACAGGCCACCAUCAGCAGUCUCUGGAAGAACUACAGCUUCAAAAAGGGGGCUCCGAUCGAUCAGUAUCGGCCGAUUUCCAAGAAAAAGCACGGUAUGGGCGUAUGCCGAUGCUUGCUUUAUAACGCCGAUCGGCUCCGCCCACAUUGCAGCAUCCAGCCUAUAGUGACGGUCUCCUUAUUCACAUGAUAUCUGGACUUUCUUUCACAGCCUAAUUUUUUGUUCUGUUUGUUUCUAAUAAUAUUACGACUUGUCUUUAGUAUAUGAACUUUAUGCUUUCUAAAAUGUUAUUUUUCCUCUUACUAUUAGGACAUUUUUCUUGUAAAAUUGUGCCUUUUUUUGUUAGA